CCCAUUUACAUAAGAAAGUUUAUGAAAAUUCUUGGGAGUUUUUUUAUCAAUGUAAAAUGAAUUAAUUAACUCGAAUUGGUCUUCUUAUAACUACUUCUAAACAGUGAAAUGUGCAGAACGCAGUUUUUCAUGAUGAAAUCACAAGUGAAUCAAAUUUGUUUAUGAAUUUUUCGUGAUGCCUAAUUGAUUCGUUUUUGUGGAUUUGUCAAAUGGGAACAGAUGUAUAUGCAAUGUGCGAUGGUCCAAUGCUCUCACAUGGACCAUAUUUAGGAACUGUAACAUUAUGUUCCCUCAAGUCCAUAAUUUUUCUUUCCAUAAAGGCUUGUCUUUUCACUGUCAAUUUUGAGGAUGAAGAUUCAACUUUUCUUUCAAAGCAGAGGCUCCAUCUGAAGAAGUCUUGGGGGAUGCCUUUCUUGUUUCUCUCUUCUGUAGUUUUUGCUCUUGGGCACAUUGUUGUAGCAUAUCGAACAAGCUGCAGAGCAAGGAGGAAGCUCCUGUUUCAUGGUAUUUACCCAGAAGCCGUCCAUUCUUGCAAAAUUGCUUUCUCUGGUUAUCAGAAGGUUCCACGAUCACCCACUCCUUCUGCUGGAAAGACUUCCAGAAACUACUCUGAAAUGAGGAGAGAAGCACCAGGAUUGUCACAUUAUGAAGGCGAACUUCCAGUUAUAUUACUUGCUGAUAGAGAUAGCUUAUUCAUCACUUGCCACGGACUAACUAUCCACUACAAGUUAAGCAUGCCUGGCCCGUCUUGCCGUUCCCUCUCAUCCAUUACCUUUCCUAACAGCCCAUUGAUAAGUGUUCCAUCAAAAACACAAUAUCAUCUUUACAGGAGCAACAGUGAUGAAUUCCUUCGGAACUUCUCUCUCUAUACUCCUCUACUAGAUGGUUCUCCAGUGUCUCCGCUUUCUGAAGAUGUGCCUAUGAUGAGACUUGAUGAAAGUGGCAAAGAUGAACUCAGAAAGUUGGAGCCUUUGACUUUAGAAGCAGAUCUGGAAGCCAAUGAACAGUUUGGAAUAGUGUUAGUGCAUGGGUUUGGAGGGGGAGUUUUCUCGUGGAGAAAUGUGAUGGGUACUUUGGCUCAGCAGGUUGGCUGUGUGGUUGCUGCUUUUGACAGGCCUGGUUGGGGUUUGACAUCAAGGCCAUGCAGGAAGGAUUGGGAGGAAAAUCAAUUACCUAAUCCUUACAAAAUUAAUAAUCAGGUUGACCUGCUUCUUUCUUUUUGCUCAUCAAUGGGGUUUUCCUCAGUUGUACUUGUUGGUCAUGAUGAUGGAGGAUUGCUUGCACUGAAGGCUGCACACGAAAUCCAGUCAUCAGCAAAUCCCAAGAAUACUCAAAUGGUUAAUCGACGUGCAUGGUUUGAUCCUACUAAGCUAACAACUGAAAUCUUAAACCUCUACAAGGCCCCAUUAAAUGUAGAAGGUUGGGAGGAAGCCCUUCAUGAAAUAGGUAAACUAUCAUACGAGACCGUCCUCACACCGAAAAACGAAGAAUUGUUGCUGAAAGCAGUUGAAAAGUUGCCAGUUUUGGUUAUUGCAGGGGCUGACGAUGUCAUUGUCCCUCUAAAAUCUGUUCAAUCUAUGGCUUCCAAACUAGUAAAUUCAAGACUGGUCGCAAUAACUGGUUGUGGCCAUCUUCCACACGAGGAAUGUCCCAAGGCACUGCUUGCAGCAAUAUCUCCUUUCAUUAGCAAGCUUUUUUCGAAACCAGAAAUUCAAAAUCACUAGGCGCCUUACUCGAAUUCAUAUUCUUUCUUUUUCUUCUUUAGUUUAUUUGAGGAAGAGUCUUCAUUUCAUCUCUCAAUUAAGUUUUCAUUGCCUAUUUCGAAUUAUUUUUGCCCCCUCUAGGCUCUAGUGGACAUAACGUGUUAGAAAAAGGAUGAUUGUGUAGAUUGAUUGAUGAACGAUGUAAUUUUUUUGUCAUAUAUUGCAUGACAAACUUUAUCAAAUUUUAUCCUCGGUAAA